GGGGAAAAUCACCGACGUCACGCUGCGGGUGAAGAGCACGAGUUCAAAUAUACCGCAAUCACCGUCUACUUGCCUCUCCCGUACAGGUUGACUCAUCACGACUAUUGCUGCCUACUCAGGCGGUUCAUGUAUCAAGAUUGACACCUCGUAUAUGGCGUGAGGUUCAGAACCGCAGCUUCCUAGCCCAUGACUGAGCAUCUUCUUUGACCAUGGUCUCUCCCGAACGCUCUUCCUCGAACCUGCCACCGUCGUUGGGCCCUGGUGCCCGGCCUGUGCAGCCUGGCGAACCUACCCGACCAGCCGGUAUCGCUGAAAUCAUGAACUUUCGUUCCAGAUAUUCUGUUUCUGUCGAGCCCGAAACCUUGCAUAUAGGGUAUGAGAUCAACGGGAUACCACGCACCUAUCAUCUGGCCUUCGAAUCCAUGCCGCUAGGCACAUUCUCCAGGUGGGCGCUAUUUGGUGGUCCAUCGAGGACUAGAAACGCAGGGACUCAGGUCAUCGACUUUAUACGGGGCACCGAGAACAUAAUGGGAAGACCCUUGAAUCAAAGAGAAGCGGAAGGCUACGCCUACCACACUUCCAAGAAAAUGCUGUACAGUCUUACAGGAACCGCCGUCGGCGUCCUGGUUGGAGGCGUCAUCGCUCAAAGGAACCGUGAGUGGAUGAAAUUUCCCUUUAGAUCUGCUCAGCCUUUGGAAAGGUACCAGAACUUUCCCAAUCGGUAUCUGCCGAUCUUGAGAGGACAAAGCGCGCUAUUUGCCUGGCGAGCUACACGUGUGAGUGUCUGGACCGUUGUGGGCAUCUUCAUUGCUAGGCCCAUAUUCUCAGCAAUAGGCAACACGGUGUUCUACACAGGGUUGAACAGCGACGACCGCACGAAAGAACUCAUGGCCAGUCUGAAGGGUAAUCUAGAACGGAUAGCCUCGAAUAGAGUCAGAGAAGUCGCUUCUGGAGCCCAACCCCGACCACAGUCUCAGAGGCAGCAAGACGGUCAAUCUGUUGAGCCUGAUACUCAGGCAUAUUAUAGAGAUACGCAGCAAGACGUUAUGGACGACCAUCAGAGCGACUACAGUGGAGACAACACUUUCACAGACGGCUCGACUGAUACUGCCACGACCAGUGACGCCUCGAUGCUGGCUCGAGAAGCACAACUACGGGCUGAGGUCUCCCGAGGUCUAUCUGACGUCGAGAGAGAAGUCGGAAGAGUUGCACGAUCGACGCAACAAAGCCGAUCCCGGAGUGACCAGCCGAAAGAUAGCUUUUCCGGCUCUACUUCAGAUCCCUUCUUCGAUGACGAUGCAUCACCCACUGCUGGCAACGAUCCCGACAUGGCGACGCGCGACACCUACAGUCCGCAACGAAGCGCCUGGGCGCGGAUACGCAAUCAAAGAAACCAGACCUACAGCGACGGUAGAGAAGGUGCGCCCGCUGAGAGAUCUAGCAGUUCGGGUCGAGGCCUUUCAGACAACCCGUAUGCCGCACGAAGAGGGGAGGAACAGGCUAGUGGCGACAGUUUUUCGUUCUCGAAGACGGAUACAGACCGGCAGUUGGCAAAGGACCAGGCACAGAAGGAGUUCGAUGCUAUGCUUGACAAAGAGAGACGAUUGAGUGGAAGUGACGAAUACGACAGAGGUAUGAGCGCUGUUGCAUCUGGUGAAGAAAGCGCCGCAAGUUCGGGGAUGAGUGCUUGGGAGUCAAGAAGGAGACGGUGAUGAGCUGUUCUCACUGAUAUAGGCCCCUACCACUCUCGCAAAAUCAGGGCUGACGGUUAUAUAAGCCGCAUUACCGAGCUGCCUUAUUUGCAGCCGAUCCAAUGCAUUGCAGUCGCAUUACUCAGCAGCUUCACCGCAUAUCGAGCUCCAUGGGUGGCUGGGAAGAGAUGUCAUGUAUACUACAGGAGCGGUCAAAAUGGAUGCCAUAUUUCGGUUUACAAAAUGUACUGUAUUGAGGAAAAACUAAGUGGCGGCCUCACCUCGCUUUUACGUCUUAUACUGUAGGGAAAAUCGGAGAGACUUUCGGGGUUUACUUUAGCAACCAGGGCUCGAAACAAAGACCUAUACAGCCUCUUAUGUGAU